UGACUCUCAAGCAUAUAUAAAACAGUAGAUGAAAUAACAUCUCGGAUAGUUUACGCUUUCUGUUUUAAAAGAUCAGAUUCAUUGAUAGUUUUUACCGUAUAUAUUUGGGAGACUGUCCAUUUCUUUAAAUAUGACUCAUCAAGGCCCAAACUAUCUUAGAAUCAAGGAAACUGGCAUUACUGCUGACACAAGCUCUUUCACCGAAGAUCGUCUUCGCGGUGAAGCACCAACCAAAGGGUUCAAAUGGAUUGAUCGAUUUAACCAGCAUCAUUCUGUCAAAGUGACUUCCAGUAACCCACAAGUAACUGUUAUGUUUCCAGUCAGCAAUCGUGAAGUUCGCUUUAGGGCAACAGGCAUAGACAACCCCGGAGAUGAACUCCGAACUGGCUGCGGAACUGAGCACAGGUAUAUAUAGGCCUAUAUAAUAAAAAUAUUUCCCACAUUGUUUAUACUUGAUAAAUUAAGCAUGCGUCACAAUAUUUCAAGAAUGAAGUACGCUAAAAUUACAACCAAAAACAUUAAGUGUGUCAACCCAAAAAGAUGAAAAAAAUUAUAGUAUACAAGCCAAGGAAUAAUAUUGUGAUAAUAGACUAAAAGUAAACGAAAGGUAACUGUUUGAUAAAUUUAUAUUAUGUAUAAAAGCCAACUGAACCAUUCACAAACAUUUCUUCUAGGUUUAUAUACGACCCAUAUAUUUCCCUAGAACUUUUUCUGCAUAUAUGUAUCACUAAAAUUUUGCGUAAUAUUAUUUAAAUUUUAUGAUUUAUUUGAAAGAUUUAUCACAUUAAGACCCUUAAGUCUUUGCUAGAUCUCUUAAGUCUUCUAGCUGUUUGAACAUCGAUUUUUCAUAAUUUUUCACGAAGCGAUAUAUCAUGGCCAGCAAUCAUGGACAUGAUUUAUUCUACUUCCUUCAUAAUUUGUAUAUAACGUUGAAAUAUGGCUUCUGCAGUAACUGAUGGUAAAUUAUAUUAUAUUACGCGAUGCUGUAAAUCCCAAAAUCAGAGAAUAUGGUGAGGUCGUUUGCAACUUGCCUCAGUCACUGGCUGUAAAUCAAAGUCUGUCGAUGUAUUUAGCGUAAUGUUGACUUGAUUUUAGUUAGUGACUAUUCUGCUUUUUCAGUAUUUGUACAGAGGUUAUAGUAACAUUAGUUUGUACGGAAUUUGUCUGUUGAACUCUCUAUAUAUAUAAGAUAUCCACUAUAGCCACUAGAAACAAACGAAAAUGCAGAAUAAGCAGAAACUUACAGCAGGCGAACACUGCACGAUAUAUUUCAACAGACCGUGCUCAGCAACCAUGUAGCAAUGGAGGCAAAUUGCAAACGACUACAAUAUAUUCUCUGAUUUUGGGAUUUACAGCAUCGCGUAAUAUAAUUUACUGUUUACUAUCGAAGCCACAUUUCAAUGUGAAAUGUAUUACUGUAGAUGCAAUGGAAGUGUUGAUAAAAAAUUGCACCAAUUCCUUUCCUCAUGUUGAUCAAUUCAUUUGAUAGAAAAUUGAUCAACUUCCUGUUACUUUUAGAUGAGCCAAUUAGAUUUCGUUUCAGAACCGAUUGACCACUAGGAAACGCACAGGAAGUAAAAAGAAAUUUGAAUUCGUAUGAAUUGAUCACUGACUUGAGAAAAUGAAUUCAUGCAAUAUUUUAUCAACACUUCCAUUGCAUCGACAGUAAUGAUAUGCAAAGUUAGUAAGGAAGUAGAAUAAUCAUGUCCAUGAUUUCUGGCCAUGCCCUUGUUGAAACAAAAGAUUUUUCAUUCAUUUGAUUUCCUUGUAUACUUAAAGUGGCACUGUCAUUAAAAUUUUUAUUUUCUUACACGAAAAUGCUCUUAAAACUGUAUAGUGACUUCUUUUGAAGAUUUUUGUUCCCAUGCUUAGUUCUUCAGAUAUUUCAUUUUGUUUGUAACCAUGUGACGUCAUUUACUCAAUUACAUAUAUAAUGAGACAUCAGUAAUUGUUGUGUAUCUUUGUUAUUCUUUUUAUCAAAAUCUUUCCAUCGAUGCGGCGCGUUUGUUAAUUUAACAUGCAUUAUUAAGCAUUCUGUUUUUUUAAACAAAUCCUCCAAAAACAGCAAAGAUACACAUCAUUUACUGAUAGCUUAUUAUAUAUGUAAUUGAGUAAAUGACGUCACAUGGUUUCAAACAAAAUGAUAUAUCUCAAGAACAAACCAUGGGAACCAAUUUUUUCAAGAGAAGUUAUUUUACAGUUUUAGGAUUCGUUCGUUUGAGACAAUAAAAAUUUUCAAUGACAGUGCCACUUUAAAAAUGUUGUACAGUUAUAAAUUAGGAUCUAUGCCAUCCUUUUUCUGUGAUUUCGGUUUGCUCCACUUGUUUCAAUGGAGGAUUUAUCAAUUGGUCAUGCAUGUUCUUUUUGUGAUAAUAAAAUUUUAAAACAUUAAUUAAUUUUAGUUGUCGCCCAUGCGCAGACGUUUUUCCGCAAUGUAUAAGUAAACUAAAUUAAUAUUUGUGUAUGGCUUAAAGUUGCUUGUUAAGGUGACUUGCGCUUAUAUGAAAUUUUAGAAGAUUCUAACGUUUAUGCUUAUGUUUAGUCUUUCCAAAUUCUUAUAUUAUAUUAAUAAAUUCCUUAAAUAAAAAGCCUUAAGCCGAAAAGCAUCUUGGGGUUAACGAUUUCCCACAAUAAAAUCUUUUUCAGCUUUUCCGUCCGAGUACUCAUCUUCAAAAAACGUCACGAUUGAAACCAGCCUUGAAACAUAAUAAUUUCCUAAUGCUCGUGACAAAGCUAUAAUACAAAUGUGUCACAAAAUAUUGGAUACCAAGUUUGAGCCAAAGUUUUUUAUUUAUUAAUUUAUUUAUUAGUUUCGCUUUAUUACAAUAUAUAAUAGUAUGACAAUUGACAAGAAAAAUACACAUGACUAUAAGCAGGGUGACCGCAACAGCGUGAGCCAAUGGACGUUAUGGACCAUUUGCAUUAUAGACUAAAUUUUCAUCUAGACCAAAAUUUCAUCACAACUUGAUAGAGCAUCACAAAAUUAGUGAUAUUCCAAAGUUUCGUUGCCAAAUGUUGUAAAAUGCGGAUAAUAUGGCCUUGCGAAGUUUGCCGUUUUUCAGUCAUUUUGUAUUACGCACGCGGGAAAUUGACUGACAGCGCAUCGGGUGUUGGGGCAUCAAUUUCCCGUUUGUAAUACAAAAUGACUGAAAAUUGCAAAUUUCGCAACGCUAUAUUAUCUGCAUUUUACAACAUUUCGCAACGUACGAUAAUUUGGAAUAUUACUAAUUUUGUGAUGCUCUUUCAAGCUGUGAUAUUUUUGUCUAGAUUUGUUUAGAUCAAAAUUUAGUCUAUAAUGCAAAUGGUCCAUUACUGCGGGACACGAGUUAAGGCGGAUUACCAGUCCACGCAGCUCGCUGCGAGUGCAUGCAUGGGCACUUUCUUCCAAUCACAAUGCUAAACAGUUAAUUUUAUUUAGAUACAAGCACUCGCAGCGAGCUGCGAGGAGCUUCGUGCGAGGACUGGAAAUCCGCCUUUAGGACAUACAAACCUAAAAAACUAUCUAAGUAGAACUAUAACUAAUAGCACAACUUAAGAGGCUGAACCAGAGUUCGAGCGGUAUUACCUGCACUUGGUACACAUAGUUUUGAACGUUCUUGGAUUUUCUGCAGGAUCGUAGGAAAUUUCUAAAGCAUGGAAAUAACAACUUAAAUGGUUCUCCUUGCAGGUGGUGUGAAGCUACGUUUCUCUACCAGAAAUCUGGCCCUCAGUUCUGGGGUGGUGAACAUGUAUGGGGCAAGUUCACGUUCUACGAAGACAAUGAUAUUUCCUCUAAAUGCACCGACUGGAACAGGUGGGAACGGGCAGUGGACACCGCACAGAAAGGAGUGAGUUUGGCGCAAUCUGUAAAAUCACUUGGUGGUUAUUAAGACCUUUAGGCGACACGUUUUCGUUGUAAAACACAUUUCAACAAACUGAACAUUUCGGUCAAUUUACCGUAUGUUCAUUUUUUAAAAAAUAACUUCUUUGAAUAGCAAAUAAAAUGUAGAUUGGUUGUUUAGGUUUUUUCCUCAUU